GGAAAAUUUUAAUAAAGUAUAAAGAAAAGAGCUGAGCAAGUUCGUGGGUUUUCUAUUUUUGUGUCAAAACAACAAAACAGGUGAGACGAAAUUCGAAUAUGAGAAGCAAAGUGCGUCAAUUGUCGGGUGCAUUCAUUGGUGCUGGUGCUUUUGUACUUGGUGUUGGAAUCACUCAUUAUGGGUUUAAAUAUGGUGGUCAAAAACGUCUAUUUGAUUCUUGCAUUUGUGAACCUCAAAUUAGCCAAAAUGAUGACAUCUAUUUAUCAGGACAAUUUGUCAAGGCUCAAAAUGCUGAUAGUAUUUCAGACACAAAUGAAGUUUUGAUAAGAAAGGCAAGGUCAUUAAUUAAGAAGGUAAAGGAAGAAAGUGGAAGUCCAGGCCUUGUAAUCGGUGUUAGUGUGGAUGGAAAGAUUGUUUGGAGUGAAGGAUUUGGAUAUGCAGAUGUUGAAAAUGAUGUUCCUUGUACACCUAACACUGUAAUGAGGAUAGCAAGUAUAAGCAAGCCCCUGACAGCAACUGCAGCCAUGAAACUUGUAGAGGAAGGAAAAUUGAACUUGGAUGAUCCAGUACAGAAAUACGUACCUAGCUUUCCUGAAAAACAAAUCAAUUCAAAACCAUGUGUGAUUACAAUUUGUCAUUUACUUUGUCAUCGGAGUGGUAUACGACAUUAUCAUAAAAAAAUCAACAAAGAUGAGGAAAAUAUCAUUCCAACUUAUAAAACGAAAGAUGAUAAAAAGAAAAGGAAAACAAACAAAGAGAUGUUAGAAUUUGAGAAACCUGAGUACUACAUGAAGGAAUGUUAUGAUAGUGUUCAGAAAUCAUUGUCCCUUUUCAAAGAUGACCCUUUAGUGCAUGAACCAGGCUCAGAGUUUCUGUAUACAACCUUUGGCUGGACAUUGCUUAGUGCAGUUAUUGAAAGUGCGGCUAAGGAGAAGUUCUUGCCUUACAUGAAUAAACUAUUCAAAGAUAUUGGCAUGACCAAUACUCAAGCUGAGCUUCAUCAGAACCUUGUUUAUGGAAGAGCUAGAUUUUACGUGAGAAAUGGGAAAGGUCAAUUAAUCAAUGUCCCGUAUGUUGACAACUGUUAUAAAUGGGCUGGUGGAGGAUUUAUAUCAACAACUGAAGAUCUAAUUAAGUUUGGAAAUGCAAUGCUUUAUGCAAGUCAAGUUGGGGAUUAUCAGGGGAAAGCCAAGGAUAGUUUACUACCAGGAAUAUUGUCUCCAGAAAGUAUGAGGUUAUCAUGGACAAUAGUUGAAAACAAUGAAGGGAAAAUUGAUAGUGAUUGGGGCUAUGGCCUAGGAUGGGCGAUACUUCCAAAGAAACACCAAAAUGGUUGCUGUAGGGAUCAGCCCAGAGCAAUUGCUCAUGCUGGGGCAGCUGUGGGAGCGAGCAGUAUUCUCUUAUUGCUACCAAGCUCCGUAAAGGACGCAUAUGACGUCACAAGAGAUGUUCCACCACCAAAUGGUGUUGUCGUAGCGAUCGUUGUAAAUUUUGGGGAUGUAAAUUUACGAAAAUCUGCCCUAAAAAUUGCUCAACUGUUCAAUAGUUAUAAGAAAGAUUUAUAAGUCUACAAUAUAACGGCUUGAUUGUGUAGUUUCAAAAAAUGAACAAUCAAGUCCAAGAUCUCUUUUUUUAAUGUCCUGUCUGCUGCCAGGCUGUUUCCAUACGUUCGAGGGAUUAAAUAUGGAUCUUUUUGGCUGAAACAAAUUGCUUGUAUACGAUAAUCAGCGAAAGAAUAAGCAACAAUACUCGUUACGAUGUUGUUCUUCGGCAAACCUGUUGAAAAGCCUGGCAUCUCAUGAUUGAGAGAGUCAUCCUCUUAAAGGUGGUCUUAAAAUCGUUAUUUCUGUAGGCAUAUACCAAAGGGUUCAAAGCGCUGUUCAUAUACUGCAUCCACUUAGGAAUACGCCUGAUAUGCACGUUAUUAUUUAGUACAAGAAGGUCACUUUUAGACAAAGUUUGCAAUAACAGAGUAAAGAUAAACGUGGGUGACCAAGCUAUAACAAAUAGUCCUGUCACAAUCAAUAUGGUUAUUAUAGUUUUACGUUGUGACGUCCAGUUCAAUGACAGGUUACUCGUCGGGAAAAUCGAGUUCCUUUUUCUAACAGUGCGGAAUAACCAGGAAUAGGAUACUGUCAUUACUACCAAAGGAAUUAUGAAGCAUAUUAUUACAAUAGAUUUCAUAUACCAGCGAUAAUCAAUGAGACCUGUAAAAGCAAGAAAAGACGUUACAGAGCACACUGACGCUAGGAUCCAGACCACCAACACAACGCGAUAGUGAAAAGUCCGUGGCAAUGAACGGUGUCGUAUUGGAGCCACUAUAGAGAAACAUCUUUCAAUGCAAAUAGCUGUCAGCUGAAAGAUGGACGCUGAUCCAUUUAAUACAUCAAACAGUAGGAAAAGACCAUGAUAGUAAGCGGGGCGAAUGUGCUUUUCAUUAAAAGAUAUAUGCAAGAAAAUCCAAAGAGGAAUUGAAAUUAAACCAACCAAGAGAUCGCUAAACGCCAAACUGACUAGGCCAAUAUUUGUAGCAGUACGCAAUCUGUAGUUCAGUUUGAAGGCGAGGAUCACAAAAGUGUUUCCAACGAUGACAAUCAGGAACAGCAAACUGUAGAGAGUUAAAUGAACGAUGUCCCCUACACUAAAUAUCUCAUUUUUUAAAGAAGUGACUGGUGUGACGUUAAAUGUUAUAGUUGCGUUUAGAUGAUUCUCCAUUUUUUUCUCAUGAUCAUAAGCAAUGAGCACCUGCAACUAAAAGUGCUGUCUAAAUAAAUUCUUUUGAAACAACGAUGUUCUACAAACGGUUAUAAUAGCAGUUGUGUCAUUAUGACAUUAAUU